UGAAAUGUCAAAAGUUGCAGCAAUCUUUUAUUUUCAUUCACGUUUGCAAAUAUUUCCGAAGGAAUUUCACGAUUGUAGUGCUUUUUGUGCAAGUUUCACCUCUGUUGGUAACGAAAAAACUUACAGAAGAAUCAGAUCUCCAUGUAAAAACUAUCGGACCUCCACGGAACAUUGGCCAUGGCGAGCAGCGGCAGCAAUAACGCGUUGUAUUUGCGGCAGCAAUUUUCUGCUCUGCUGGGAAACACUUCGUCAUCGAUUAAGUUUAUCUGCAUCUCGACGCUGGUCGGUUACGCGCUGUCCUUCUCGGACCGAGCGGUGGACAUCCUGAGCGUUACCCCGGGCUACCUGAUGCCACCGACGUUCUGGAUAUGGACCAUAUUCACCUUCUGCUUCAUCGAGCUGCACUUCUGGGAGGUGCUCGUCGAUCUGAUUACGGUGGGGCUGUGCGGGAAGCUCAUUGAACCGUCCUGGGGCCAGAUGGAGAUGCUGCAGUACUUUGCCAUCACUAACAUCGGGGUAGCGAUUCUGACCAGCUUCUACUAUCUGUUUUACUCGAUGAUAACCAAAGAUGCGGAGUUUUUGUUCGAUGUGCACAUUCACGGAUUGGCAGGAAUGAAUGCAGCUGUCAGUGUGGCUGUGACACAAAUCAUGCCGGACCAUUUGAUUGCUCGAACACCAUUGGGAAAAUUUUCAAACAGGAACGUCCCUCUCACGGUGGUGAUCGUGUCGAUAUUGAUGUGGGCCAUCGGUCUCCUGGACGGAACGUACCCGGCCAUGUUCGCAUCGGGACUGUACGUGUCCUGGGUGUAUUUGCGUUUUUAUCAGCGACACUCCAACGGAACACGGGGAGAUAGUGCGGAAAAUUUCCGCUUCGCAAGCUUCUUUCCAAAUGUGCUGCAGCCAUUCGUGAAUUUGAUAGCCAAUCCCGUCUAUCUGGCGUGCCUACGGAUUGGAAUGGUCAAGCGAUUGACACCGCAGCAGAGCAGUUCAUCGUCUCUACAAUCGGUCAGCGUCCAGUCGCUCGUGGGAGUUGAUCCCCACGAUAUGGAGCGACGGAGACAAAUUGCGUUAAAGGCUCUCAGUGAGCGGUUGUCCAAAACCACAGAUUCUAGUCGUCAAAACAUGUUGCCCAAAUCGUUUCCUCAGACGGGUGCUUCCGGAAAGCAUCACCAUCAUCAUCAUCACGGGCACGGUCACGGUCAUCAUGGAGGGCACCACGGUGGCGGACACCUGCCCUUCCCGAUGACAAUGGACCGGCCAGCAAUCCCUCUUCCGCCUCCACCGAGUAAAUCCGCCCUGAAGGCCGCCGACUCGACAAAAGCGACCGGCAGUAGCAGCGCUUCGAAUAGCACAACCACCGCAGAUUUGAUCAAUCUGGACCAAUCCGGGCCGAGCCAGGGUCCCGGGGCAUCGUCGACGAACACUUAAGCAAGACAGGAGACGCAAAAUCGGAAACAACCCAAAAUGUGGCCAGUGUGAAUUUGUUGGUAAAUGUGAGCGCGCAGAACCCAGACCCGUGUACUGCGUAAUGUAAAAUUUUCGAGUGUUAUUGGAAAAGAUGCUUUAAAAUAACUAAACUAACUAGGAUAUGCGCUCUCCCUGUUUCUGUUCAUCUAUUUUCUGUAGAUUUUACUUGUGAUGAUUGAUAAGCUAUAAAAUGAAAACACGGAAGUGUAAUGAUAGGUUUUGCAUAAGUAGGACUGUAGAUUGCCUCCUAUUGAAUGCAUUACCACCAUGUUAGAAUCUAAAUAAAAAUGUACCUACAAACGA